GGUAGCCUUUCUUUCAGCUACCCGAGAGAGAACUUGUCAUGUAUUUUCUUUUUGAGAAGGGGAAUUCUGUUUUGACUGGCACUGCAUUGCCACUUGAGAAUGAGAUCACCUAGCUGAGAGCUACCCAAGCCUUGUUCUGAGUUCUGUAAUUGACGGAGAGACACUCCUUGGUGUGACCUGCAGUGAAUGAAGCAGCAUAAUCCUUCCAGCCUAGUUUGGUGUGAAUCAUGCUUUGGCUCAUACACCAAUGGACAGCCUGUAUGCGACCAGUGCCAGCUUCAGUACAAAGGACCUCACUGUGACAAGUGCAAGGAUGGGUAUUACAGCUCCGACAGCAUCUGCAUACUGUGUGAGUGCAAUGGGAAUGUGGACCCCAGGACAUCACCACGCGUCUGCGACCCUGACACAGGCCAGUGCCUGAACUGUUUCAAUAACACUGCUGGCGAGCACUGUGAGAAAUGCGCGGAGGGAUACGUCGGAGAGGACUGCAGUGAACUCUUAAUUCCAACCACUGUUCCUCCGACAACACAAACCCCCACAACACUGUCAACCACCACCAUGUCAACCGUGACGACUACCAACCUCACCAUGCUGCUGACCACCCCCACCACCCAUGCCGUCCUGCCCACUCUGCCCAGUGCCAGUGAGAACAUCACCACAACCGCCACUGUCAGUGAGGUGUCCUGGACCCAGUUCAACAUCAUCAUCCUGGCGGUCAUCAUUGUGCUGGUGGUAGUGCUCAUGGGCUUUGUGGGGGGCGUCUACAUGUACCGCGAAUACCAGAACCGCAAACUUAACGCCCCCUUCUGGACCAUCGAGCUCAAAGAGGACAACAUCAGCUUCAGCAGCUACCACGACAGCAUCCCCAAUGCAGAUGUAUCAGGUUUGCUAGAGGACGAAGGGAAUGAAGUGGCACCAAAUGGACAACUAUCCUUGAGUACUCCUAUAAACAUGUAUAAUGCUUAAACCCCAUUCAAAAAAGACUUUAUGAAAAUAGACCAGCAUUGUUUUUUUAAUGUUCGAUUAUAACCGGGACUGGACAUCUUGUGUAAGAGAUGAAAUAUGUUUCGUGAAGACUACAAGGGAGCUGACGUGUUAGGAAGAACUCCCUAAAAUGGAUUGACACAGAGACAUGUUCUCUAGUAGCACUGAACGGGAAGGUACUUGGAAACUGUGGUGCAAAGUGGGAUUUACCUCACCUUCAUAAAACUGGAUAUAACGCAGAAGAUCAGGUCUCCUGUGUAUCACCACAAAAUAUUAUAACCAGUGGCCCUCAAAAAUAAGUGACUGAAUUCACUAUAAAAUUGCCCAGGCAAUAUUGGAACCCUUGUUUUCCAAGGGAACGCAUAAGGCAGAGAUGCAGUUGGUCAGACAACUGUUAAAGCAGCCUUACGUUUGCAAGUAAAAAAAAAAAAAAAAAAACUUGGUGGAUAACUGCUUAAAAAAAUAUUUUUU